AUGCUUUCUCGAUACGGCGUCAUAUCAUGGCUGGCCUUCUCGACAUUGGUCGCCGCUAACCCUCCGCCACCGGCCGUACAGCAGUGCGAGCCUAAAACCGAGACCAUCGUACACACCCAGACCAUCCACGAGACCGUUCACGUCACUGUUCCAGGGGAAAAAGAGACUGUCCAUGUGACGGUACCAACUAUCAUCCAUCAGACCGUCCCGGUCCAUGUCACUAUCCCCACGACGAUAAAAGAGACCGUCCACGUCACGGCCCCGGCGCAGACCGUCAAGGAGACCGUCCAUGUCACAUCCACUAUCACCACGGAACGCGUCAAGACGGAGAAAGUGGUCCAGACGCAGCCGCCAGUCCACGUCACCGUCACCAAGACUGAGGAGAAGAAGAUCGUCCACACAGCGGUCUUGACCCAGUCCGUUCCCGUAACGGUCGUCAAGACGGAGAAGCAGGAGGUACUCAAGACCGUGACCCAGACGCAGUCCGUCGCCGUCACCCACGUCCAAACUCAAAUCCACACGCAGACUUUGGUACACACCAAGGUCGAGACGAAGCGGGAGGUCCAGACCCAGACGCUCGUCCACACCAUGGUCGAGACGAAGAAGGAGAUCCAGACCGUGCCCGUUACCCAAAUUCAAACACAGAUCCAGACCCAAAUCCACACCGUUCCGGUCACUCGGACCGAGACCAAGGAUCGGGUCCAGACGGUGGUCCAAACGCUUCCGCCGGUCACCCACGUCGUCACCCAAGAGCGCGUCGUCUCAGUUCCGUUGACCGUGCCAGUUCACGUCACAAAGGUCGAGGAGAAGAUCCUCACUCAGACACAGGUCGUGACUUCGAUCCAGCAGGUCCCGGUUCACGUCACCCAAGUCGUAACGCAAGAGCUGCCCAUCACCCGCGAGGUCACGAGGGUCUCCCACCAGCUUGUCACGACGACUCUUCUCCAGACUGUUGUCCAGACAAGCGUCAACAAUGUCCGAGAGACGGUGCACGUCACUCUCCCGCCUCAGAUCGUCAAAGAAACCGUCCACGUUACCAUGCCUCCCCAGGUUGUAAAGGAAACGGUCCAUGUUACCCAGCCGCCCCAAGUUGUGCAGGAGACCGUCCAGGUCACCCAGCCUCCUCAGGUCGUCAAGGAGACGGUUCAUAUCACCUUGCCACCCCAGAUUGUCAAGGAGACGGUUCACGUCACACUGCCACCCCAGAUUGUCAAGGAGACGGUCCACGUUACUCAGCCUCCACACGUCGUCAAGGAGACGGUUCACAUCACUCAACCUCCCCAAACCGUUCACGUUACCCUGCCGCCUCACGUGAUUCACCAGACAGUCCAUGUCACUCAAACAGCCAUGAGCCCUCUCCUCCGCCUGCAGUCCACCCGCCCGCAGCAUCUGUACCACCUGUUCACGAGGUUCCCCCGCCAGCGCACCAGACGAUGCCAUCGGUUAGACCUCACGAAUCUGCCCCUUCGACUCAUACUCCUCCACCAGCGCAGCAUGUUCCUUCGGCUGCGCCCCCAGUUCACGAGGCACCGGCAUCGGCAGCCCCUCCCGCGUAUAUGCCACCCCGUCCGCAGCAGUCCCUGUGCAUAUGAUGCCUCCCGCAGAAGCGGCUCCUUCAGCGCACCCAGCAGCUCCAGCGGAGGCCGCGCCUCCUGCUCAUCAAGCACCGCCGUCAGAGGCUAUGCCUAUUCACACGCCUCCCACGGAGGCGGCACCCGUACACGCACCCACUGA